CGAAACGCGUCACAUGACGAAGCACAUGAUCUGCUAAAUGAAAAAUGGCAGCUUCCAGCGCUGCAUAUUCCGCUAAACAAACGAACGUAGAAGAACACUUAUAUAAAAUUUUAGUAAUCGGGGAAUUUGGUGUUGGAAAAACAUCUAUAAUAAAGAGAUAUACGGAAGGUUUUUUCUCUCCAAAUUACAAACUAACAAUUGGUGUUGACUUUGCCCUUAAGACCUUGAACUGGGGUGAAAAUCGUAAAGUAAACCUGCAACUCUGGGAUAUAGCAGGCCAUGAAAGGUUUGGUCACAUGACAAGAGUUUACUAUAAAUAUGCAAUUGCUGCUAUAAUAUGUUUUGAUCUGUCCAGACCAGCAACAUUUGAUUCAGUUCUUAAAUGGCUGAAUGAUGUCAACUCCAAGGUAAUGCUAGCCAAUGAGAAACCAGUUCCGGUCAUGUUACUGGCAAACAAGUGUGAUAUUGAAGAGGUUUCCAUUGACAGUAACAUGUUGUCAAAGUUCUGCAAGGAUCACAGUUUUAUUGGCUGGUUCCCCACCUCAGCUAAAACAGAUGUAAAUAUAGAGAAAGCCAUGAACUUCCUCACCGAGCACAUAAUGUCCCUCCCCACAGAGAGUACACAACCCGGAGAACAUAUCGACCUGAAGACGUCAUCAGACUUGUUGUCUACACAGGAAACAUUUCAAAGUGACGAGGUGGAGAGAAAAAGCAGCUGUUGCUAAUCUGAUCUAUAAUAAAUACAAUAGUGCAGACAUGAGGACUGUUUUACCAAAGAGCUUUCAGUCAGCAUCAAGACAUUACCAAGUGAAUGAGUCUAACUAGUAACUGUAUAGUAGUCAUGUAUCAUUAUGUUCGUUUCCAAGAAGAAACUAGUGAUGCAAGAACAGUUAUUUUCAAAAAUAAGGCUGUACGUAGCCUAAAAUAACUUGGGACGGGUGCAAUAUGAAAUACUGAAUAAACAGUAAAGAUAUUCUAAAAUGUAUAAUUUUAAUUGUUAAAAUGUUUUAUGUUAGAUGGAAAUGUGCUACAAUGGCUACGAAAGUUAGUUUGUUUUGUUUUGAAACCACAAGAACACAUUCAUCAGUUAAAUCAUCAGCUAUUUGGUGUCAUUUAUUUGAUAAUUUUGACACAUGGUCUUCAAAGGAAAGCUAUCUCCAUCAGCAGCACAUACCACAUAAACCUGUUAUAUUUAAUGUCUGCUGAAACAGCACCUACUUUUUUUACUCUCUAUAUAACAUACCGGUGUUCAACUGUCGAAUCCCUAUAGGAACAUUGUUGAAGUGAAUAACUUCUAAAUGCUUGUGGCACAUACUACUUUGUAAAUACAAAAAUACUGACUUUGCGUAUGAUUUAUUUAAUUAUUUUCAAUGUUUAUUUUCAUAAUGUGUAAUAAAUAUGGUGUGUAAAAUGCGAACAGAAAUAUGUAAGAUUAAUGCUUCCUUUAAUUUUAUAAUUAAAAUAAGGUUUUUUAGUAAAAGUUGAAGAUACUGAUACUAUUUUGACUGGUAAAUUAAAACAAAGGAAAUGCUUUUCUAAUAUUGGCAUAGUAGCACAGACAGUUGACCUGUUAAAUGGUCUGAUAAAAUAUUACUAGAAAAUGAAUACAUUUAAUUGGUCAUGAAAAAUACUUUGUGGCUGUGUAGCCAUAAAUUAGAAUAUAGGGCUUGUUCAAAUUCAGCUAAUGCUAGUCAAUUAGGUGGCUGUUCAACAUAUAUGUAAUGAUCUAGUUGAGAGGGGGAAUCAAUGGAAAGUAUUACAAAACUUUAUGGAUGACAGAUGUUCUUUAACAAAUCUAUCUUGUAUUGAUAACCAAACCAUGCAAACAUAAAUAAAACAGAAAAAUCACCUCAUAAUGACAAGGAAAGCGGGGGUGGGGGUAGGGGUGUUUUCACAAGUAUUACAUGAUUUUAAAGGGGAUAGUGGUCUUAGCAUUACAGAAUGUUACAUUAGUGUUGAAUGGCCCUUAUACUUUAAAAAAGUGUUUCAAAUGUAAAUAUAAUGUAAAAAAAUGUAUUGCAUUAAUUUAUGCCAUUUUUAUCGGCAUCAAAAAAACAACAGGACAUCCUUGAAUAGUGUUUUUUAAAACGGGUACCAGUAUAAAGAAUUUCUAGUUCAUGUUUCUGAAAAGGUUUUUAAUUGUUCUGCAUUAGCAUAAAAUUUAUUACAGCUUUUGAAUUUUUUGGGAUGGCUUUUUGUUUUGUUUUUCAAUUUAUUGCAUUAGGUAAUUUCAUAUACAUGCAAAUUUAUAUUUAUAUUCUGAAUUUUUUUUUCUUCUUAAAUCAGGAGUUAAAUCUUCUACACAAAUUUUAUUCUAUAUUUCCCAGUGGCAAACUGAUGUGUUUGUACGUACCUGUAUGUCUGUCUGUAUGUGUGUGGCAAACUGAUGUGUUUGUACGUACCUGUAUGUCCGUAUGUAUGUGUGUGGCAAAUUGAUGUGUUUGUACGUACCUGUAUGUGACCAAGUCACAUUCUAGGUUAUAUUGCUGUAUAUUUGUGUGUAAUAUUCUUUUCUUUUUUCUGCCUUAUAUGUUUUUAAUAUUUAAUUUUAUGCGACAUGAAAUUUUGCUUGGGUAUAUUAUGAAAUAAUUUAACAUUGUUAAGAUUUGUCAUAAUAUUUACAUGUAUAUUUAUGCAAUUAAAUAAAGUAUUUUCAAAUUAAA